GUUGAAAAUGAAAGCACUUUUAUCUGAGGCCUAUGAAGGGCAAAGGACAAAUUUACUUUCAGACUCCAUUUUUUGCCACAAAAAGACUUUUCAUUACCCAAACUAAGUAACAUCAUCUGUGCUGUUGACCCAGAUGAACCUCCUGGUGGCCGGCGGGGUGUCAACCUAGUGGCCCGCGGGCCAGAUGCAUCACACGCAGGUCACGCCCACCCCGGCUCCACAGAGGCAAAAAACGUUGUGAUACAUUAGGUGACGUCACGUGAUGCAAUUGAGUUUGACACCCCUUCUCUAAAAGAAUGCAAAUGACAAGCUGUUUGCAAGGAAUAUAAAUGCUUCCAUUCCCCACCAUCCAGUCAGAGCUGAAGCAGCUUCUUGGAUGAGAAGCAAAAUGUCUUUAAAGAAAAAACAAGAACAUCUAGUUGCCUCCUGAAAAAGCACCUUUGGCUUAUAACCAGACACAUCCCUUCAUUUUGUGCCUCACUUCAUUUUCUUUACAGGUCAGAUAUAAUCUAUCAUAACUGACAUGAACAACGCUGUGAGAGAAGAACUUUUCAAAGCAUUGAAUGACCUCUUUGAGCAGCAAUUUAAGGAUUUUAAAUGGCGGCUAAAGGAUAUUGACCACAAUGAAAAGCCAAACAUUCCUAUAGCUUCAUUGGAGAAAGCUAAUCAGCGAGAAGUUGUAGAUCUCCUGAUUCAAAAUUAUGGAGAAGAGGCUCCAAAGGUGUGCAUUCAUGUCCUUCAAAAAAGCAAUAUAAAUGAUGUUGCUGGAAAACUUGAGGAAAAUUUACAGAAAGAUAUUGAUGCUCACCGACCGCCAGAUUCAUCAGAUUACAGAAGCCACAUUCAAAAAAAAUUUCAAACCAUCGAAGAUCCUAAUUCUAUUCCUGGUGAAUAUGUAUCUCUAAACCAGAGAUACUCAAGCUUAAUCAUCCUAGAUUAUCACCGGUCUGAAGAGGAAAGAGAAGAUGAAAUUCUGGCAACAGGAAGGAAACAUGUUGAAAUCAUCAGCAAGAGAGCAAAGUCUUCAACGAACAUUAAAACGUUAUUUAACCCUGAUAAAUGUGGACUAAUUCCACAAGUUGUUGUGUUGCAAGGAGCUGCAGGAAUUGGAAAAACCAUGAUGGCCAAAAAAAUCAUGCUUGAUUGGGCAUCUCAACAACUUUACCAGGAUAAAUUUAAUUAUAUUUUCUAUAUUUAUUGUAGAGAGAUGAAUCUCCAUGCAGAACCAGAAAAGAGUAGCAUUGCAGAAAUAAUUUCGAAGCAGUGGCCCAAGUAUCGUUCAGUGAAAAAUGUCACUCGAAAUAUAUUGAAAAAUGAAGAGAAGCUUCUGUUCAUAAUUGAUGGGUUUGAUGAAUUAAGAUAUUCCUUUGAUCAGUCUGAAGAUGACUUUUGUACUGAUCCCUGGAAGAAGGAGCCAAUGAGAAUUCUUUUGAGCAGUUUAUUUAAAAAAAAGCUUCUACCUGAAUCUUGUCUUAUAAUCACAACAAGACCUAUUGCUUUGGAGAAACUCCAUCGAUGUUUAGAGCAUCCACGGUAUUUUCAGAUAUUGGGGUUUUCAACAAAGGAGAGGGAAGAAUAUUUCUACAAUUUUUUUGAAAAUAUAAACCAAGCAAGUCAAGCUCUCAGAUUUGUGAAACAAAAUGAUAUGCUUUUCACCAUGUGUGUCAUUCCCCUUGUGAGCUGGAUCAUCUGCACAGUGGUGAAACAAGAGAUGGAGAGAGGCAAGGAUCUGCAGAAGACACCAUGCACUCUCACUGCAAUCUAUAUGCUGUAUCUCUCCAGCUUGUUAAAAUUUCAUCACAAAGAAUCCAAACAGGAUAUCCGAGCAAAUGUGAAAGGUUUGUGCUCUUUAGCCACAGAAGGAAUCUGGAAACAACAAAUACUAUUUAUGGAGGAAGAAGUCAAGAAGCAUAGUUUCGAUCAGGAACAAUCCCUCUCCCUCUUUCUGAAUGAGAACCUCUUCAAAAGGGACAUUGAUUGUAUUCAAACCUACAGCUUCAUUCACUUAAGCUUCCAGGAGUUUUUUGCUGCUUUGUUCUAUGUUCUAGAAGGGGAGGAACGACAUUCUGAAAAUCAGAAUAAACAUUUGCAGACACUAUUAGAAAGACAUACAUAUUUUAGGUCUGAUUUUGCAGUAGGAUUUCGCUUCCUCUUUGGUUUCCUAAAUGAAGAUAAAAGAAUGAGAGAAUUGAAAAAAGAAUUUGGAUGGGAAAUUUUUCCUAAUAAUAAAGAGUUCCUAUUAGACUGGGUGAAAAAUAACAUUAAAACAAGAAUUUAUUUCAAUAUGCAAAAAGAAAUGUUUAGUUAUUUAUAUGAGACCCAGGAUGACAAUUUUGUAAAAAAUGCACUAGAUGGUAUCACUGAAAUAAAUUAUCAGUGCAAUUUAGAUAUGGAAUUGAUGAUCCUGGCCUAUUGCAUACAACACUGCCAGAAUUUGGAGAAUCUCCAUAUCGAAAACCAUACAUUUCUAUAUCAGGCAGAGAAAGAAUUAUUUCUUCCAGAAAAUGAGAAAUGGAGUUUGGAUGAAAGAUAUGUGGAAGACUUCUUUAAAGCACUGACAAAGCUGAGACACUUACAAAUCCUGAGGCUUCCUGGAGGGUUCCUGACCAAAUCCUGCAGCAGGCAUCUUGAAAAAACAUUCAGGAGAAAUCAGAGGUUGGAGCAGUUGGAGUUGUCCCCCGUGAAUGCAGAUGGCAAAGCAAUGGAAUUGCUGUGUGCAGGGCUGCAACAUCCAGAUUGUAAAGUAAAAGAACUGCAGCUUUCUGAAGAAUCCCUGAACGAAUCCUUCAGCAAGCAUCUUGCAGAAGUACUCCGGAAAAACCAGGGAUUGAGAGUGUUAAAGUUGUUCUUCAAGAACACAGAUGACAGAGCAGCAGAAAUGCUAUGUGAGGGGCUCCAAUGUCCAGAAUGUAAAAUAAAAGAACUAUGCCUUCAUAUAGAGUCUCUGACAGAAUCCUUCAGCAGGCCUCUUGCAGAAGUAUUCAAGAAAAAUCAAACACUGAGAGAGUUUGAGCUGUUUCCCAACAGCACAGAUGAAAGAGCAACAGAAAUUUUAUGUGAGGGGCUCAAACAUCCAGACUGUAAAAUAGAAGUAAUACGACUUAAUGAAGAGUUCUUGAGAGACUCCUGUAGGAGACACAUUGCAGGAGUUCUCAGGAUAAACCAGACCCUGCGUGAAUUAUAUUUGCAUGGUGACCACAUUAGAGACAAUGAGGAGAAGCUGCUGUGUGAAGAACUAAAACACUCAGGGUAUAAGUUAAAGAUAUUAUGGGUGAAUGGAAAAUGUAUUCUGUGGAAUGGAAAAUGGAUGGACUACAUGUCUUGAGUUUCUUCAUGUUUGCGUGCUUGAUUUUUGUUUUUGUUUGCAUUCGGACUAUGAAAAGGAAGAGUUGGAAUUUCAUUUUUUUUUUUUAAUUUGAUUUAUAUGCCGCCCUUCUCCGGAGACUCAGGGCGGCUUACAAUGCGUUAAGCAAUAGCCUUCAUACUUUUGUAUAUUUAUACAAAGUCAGCUUAUUGCCCCCACAAACUGGGUCCUCAUUUAACCUACCUUAGAAAGGAUGGAAGGCUGAGUCAACCUUGAGCCUGGUAAGAGUCGAACCUGCAGUAAUUGCAGGUUAAUAACAGGGUGCCUUAGACCACUGUACUAUCAAGGCUCUUUCAAGUGAAAGUCUGAAGAAUGUUCUUUCAGCAAGUUUAAUGGGAACUGAGGACUUUUCUCUCUUUUCAGAUGAAAAAUGCCAAGCUACAAGAAUUAAAGUUAAGAGAAUGAAUUUGGGACUUUGGCAGAUUUCAAAGUAAAUAAACAGAAAACAAUGCUGAUCAAGGAUAUGUCUUCUCAGGAUAGUGAUAUAUUGAACAAAAAGUUGGAUUUUAGGGUUGAAAAAAAGGUGAAACGCUUAGGGGUUAUGCUGACAAAUAUAAAACUGUUUCAAAACAAUUACUUCCCUCUUUGGAGGGAUAUUAAACAGGACUUACAAAGUUGGGAUAAACUGUACUUAUUAUUAAUGGGUAGAAUCUCUGUAAUCAAGAUGAAUAUUUUACCAAAGAUGCUUUUUUUAUUUCAGAUGUUACCAAUACUUAUAACUGACAAUCCAAUUAAGCAAUGGUAGAAGUAUAUUUUUAAGUUCAUAAUAUGGCAAAGGAAAAAACCAAGAAUUAGAUAUAAGCAACUGCAAGAUGCUAAGGAAAGAAGGGUUUGGGCCUACCACACAUGAAAUUGUAUUUUGAACCAUGCUGUCUGAUCUGGUCAAAAAAAAUAGGUGAGCCUCCAGGAAAAAAUAGAAAAAAAGAAUGAAAGUUAGAACACAGAUCUGUUCAUGGAAAUGUGGACAAUAAAUCAUUAAAAAAAAUUAUGUACAGACUUCAAAGGGGGAUAACAUAAGAAAGGAAAUAUUGAUUGAGUGGGUGAGUGAGUGAUUGAUUAAGUGCCCCCAAGUCCAUACUGAUUCCUAGCAACCACAAAGAUUAAAACUACUCUUUUUUUUUUUUUUUGAUCUACCAUAUGGACAUGGAGGCAUUUAAUCCUUAUCAGAAUUUAUUGGAAUCUGUAAAACAAGGAACUAUAAAUAAUGUUAUAUAUUCUUAAGUACAUAUAAUUCUGUGCAAUUGUUUGAUAAUACUAUUGUCAAAUUGUCAAUAUACAAUAUAAUCAUAAUGUAGAAUUCUAAUCAAUAAAGAAUCAAGAUUUAUUUUAAAGGGAAUAUAGAAAGAGAAAUAUGAUCCAGCUUCAAAAAGUUUGAUAGUUAGAGUUAUCUCUGGUGUGUUUGAGUUGAUAAGGAGAAAAUCAAAACAAAGUAGAUACACACAUAUAACUUUAAAAAAAGCUUUGGUGAGCAUAAACGUAACCCCAGAUGUAUUGAGGGACAAGACAAAUGGUUAUAAAAAUAGGAAGCAGAGCUGCCUCAAUACUGAAAAUAGGAAGUUGUGAAAUAAAAAUUGCUUAAGAAAAUAUGUAGCUGACAUUAGCCUAAGUACAUAAAUAUACAUUUCAUGUUUUUUUUCUGAUAUCUGUAAAAUAUAGCCAUGUAAAGAACUGAAAACAAUCUUACGGUCUUGUGACAUGGAGGCUUCAACAUCCCAGGCAAGAGCCCAGUAUUGUUUGAAAACAAAGUAACCGUCCCUCAAUUUCACUCUCUCCCUUUCUUACUCUCCACAAACUACCCAUCCCAGAGGAUUUG